CACAGAUCACAUGGGUGGUUGUGCAUUGAAUGAAACUUUGACAGUCGCCGGUGAACGGCGAAAUUACAAAGUUGGAAGACUAUACUUUAUACAUAAACCAACUAGUUUGGCAUUGUGUCGGAAGCCAAAUUACAUAGACCAAUAGGUUAUUGAUUCAACGAGCGCAAUCAGUUGGUCUGCAUUUAAUAAAACGAUAGUAUGGCUGUGAAUGUGUACUCCACAUCUGUGACGAGCGAUAACCUUAGUCGUCACGAUAUGCUUGCAUGGAUCAACGAGUCCCUACAAAUUAACCACGCAAAAAUUGAGCAGUUGUGUUCAGGUGCAUCCUAUUGCCAGUUCAUGGAUAUGCUGUUUCCUGGAUGCCUGCCUUUGAAGAAAGUAAAAUUCCAGGCCAAACUUGAACAUGAAUACAUCCAGAACUUCAAACUCUUACAGACAAGUUUCAAGAAGAUUGGGGUUGACAAAAUCAUCGCUGUGGACAAGUUGAUUAAAGGCAAAUUCCAGGACAACUUUGAGUUUGUGCAGUGGUUCAAGAAGUUCUUUGAUGCUAACUAUGAUGGGAAGGAGUACGACCCUUUAGCAGCUCGCCAGGGCCAGGAAACUACCCCUAUGCCCAACCCUGGAGCAGUCGCAGCAAGUAAACCCAGGAAGGUCAGCUCUGUAAAGCUCAUCGAACCUGCUGUCAAACCAGCUGCUCGUGUCGCUCCCCUCAAGUCUUCCCAGACUGCAGCAGCAGCAGCCAAGGCCCCACGGAGGCCCGGAACGGUGGCGGGAGACGAGGAGAAGGUGGAGCUAGCCCAGGAGGUCAACAGUUUAAAGAGCACAAUUCAGGACAUGGAGAAGGAGAGAGACUUCUAUUUUGGAAAGCUGAGGAACAUCGAGCUCAUCUGCCAAGAGAAGGAGGGAGAAGGAGACCCAACGCUGCAAAGGAUCAUGGAUAUUCUUUAUGCCACUGAUGAGGGGUUUGUUAUUCCAGAUGAAGGACAAGAAGCAGAAGAGUUCUAGUGAUAGUGAUUGUACAACUGGACCUGACUCGAAUCUGUCACCUCUACUAUGCACACUCAUUUUACAGUCACACACAGGUUAGUUAAACACACUUUGAGUGUAAUGUAACACCUGAGCACACACACAUGCACACACUUCCACUUCUUCAAGUUCCCUCAAGAUUACUACUCAAGCUCAAGAUACUGUCUGCCUCCUUGGUCCUGAUUCUUUUGUUAUGAUAUUGAAAAUGUUUUAUUAAAAAUCAUUUAUAUGUACACUGCCUUAAAGUGUUUUUAACUCUGAUUGUUCUUCUUUGUUAUACUGUAUCUGCCGUGUUCACCAUGUUCUCAUGUCUUAAAAUAAUUACACAAUU